AAUCAUGGGAAGCCAAGAUGUGAAGCUGUUAAGCUUUUGGGUAAGUCCAUAUGGUAAAAGGGUUGAGUGGGCCUUGAAACUCAAGGGUGUUGAGUAUGAGUAUGUAGAAGAAGAUAUCACCAACAAGAGCAGUCUUCUUCUGGAGUUGAACCCGGUUUCUAAGAAGGUUCCGGUUCUUGUCCAUGAUCAAAAAGCGAUAGCUGAAUCAUUCAUCAUCCUCGAAUACAUUGAUGAAACAUGGAAGCAAUAUCCAUUGUUACCUCAACAUCCUUAUCAAAGAGCUAUUGCUCGCUUUUGGGCUAUUUCUGCUGAACAAAAGCUUGGGAAGGUUGUAUGGGUUGCAAUGUGUACCAUCGGGGAUGAACGGGAAAAGUCACUGAAGGAAGCCAGAGAAGUAAUGGAUAAGAUAGAAGAAGAGAUUAAGGGGAAAAAAUUCUUCGGUGGGGACAAUAUUGGGUACCUUGAUAUUGCACUUGGAUGGAUAUCUUACUGGCUUCCUGUUUGGGAGGAAGUUGGAUCAAUUCAAAUAAUAGACCCAUUGAAGUAUUCAGCCACCACUGCAUGGAUGACCAAUUUUCUCAGCCACCCUGUGAUCAAGGACAGUUUGCCCCCUAGAGACAAGAUGCUUGUUUACUACCACAAUGCCAGAAACAAACGGGCUUCUACCCAUCAUGGUUUGCUCAAGGUUUAGAUCAAUCGUGGAUAUUAUGAUACAAACACAUGCAUGUCCUUGACAAAUUAUUAAUUUAUUAGAAACUACUCUCUUUGUUCUUCUCAUCAAUCAAUAAUUAAGGUAUGUUACUUUUUAUUCUAAACUCUUUAUUCUAGCAGAGUUAAAUUGAUCUUUUCUAUAGAAUAAUAUCUUUUAUGUUCCAAUUAAU